ACAAGUAUAAAAGAAGGAUUACUACUGAAGCAAACCAGUUCUUUUCAGAGGUGGAAAAAGCGUUACUUCAAACUCCGAGGUCGUACCCUUUACUAUGCUAAGGAUUCAAAGUCUCUAAUAUUUGAUGAAGUUGACCUGUCAGAUGCCAGCGUAGCUGAAUCAAGCACAAAAAAUGUCAACAACAGCUUCACGAUAAUCACUCCAUUUAGGAGGCUAAUACUGUGUGCUGAGAACAGAAAAGAAAUGGAGGACUGGAUAAGCUCUCUGAAGUCCGUUCAGUCCAGAGAACACUAUGAGACCGCACAGUUUAAUGUGGAACAUUUCUCAGGGAUGCAUAACUGGUACGCCUGCUCCCAUGCCCGACCUACCUUCUGUAACGUGUGUAGAGAGAGCCUCUCUGGAGUCACUUCUCAUGGCCUGUCUUGUGAAGUGUGUAAGUUUAAAGCACAUAAAAGAUGUGCUGUCCGAGCAACAAAUAACUGCAAAUGGACUACAUUAGCCUCAAUUGGAAAAGACAUCAUUGAAGAUGAAGAUGGUAUAGCUAUGCCUCACCAGUGGCUAGAGGGUAACCUGCCCGUCAGUGCCAAAUGCGCCGUCUGCGACAAGACUUGUGGCAGUGUCCUGCGCCUGCAAGAUUGGAAGUGCCUUUGGUGUAAAGCUAUGGUUCACACUGCCUGUAAAGAUCUGUAUCCUCGUAAAUGUCCCCUUGGCCAAUGUAAGGUAUCGAUCAUACCUCCAACAGCACUAAACAGUAUAGACUCUGAUGGUUUCUGGAAAGCCACAUGCCCGCCAUCCUGUGCCAGUCCUCUUUUAGUUUUUGUUAACUCAAAGAGUGGAGACAAUCAGGGAGUAAAGUUUCUUCGUCGAUUCAAACAGUCCUUAAAUCCAGCUCAGGUGUUCGAUUUAAUGAAUGGAGGACCUCACUUAGGUUUGCGGUUAUUUCAGAAGUUUGACAACUUCAGGAUUCUUGUGUGUGGCGGCGAUGGAAGCGUGGGUUGGGUCUUGUCAGAAAUUGAUAAGCUCAGCUUGCACAAGCAGUGUCAAUUAGGAGUGUUACCCCUUGGCACUGGAAAUGACCUUGCUCGUGUGCUUGGCUGGGGAGGAUCCUGUGAUGAUGAUACACAACUUCCUCAGAUUCUGGAGAAGCUCGAACGAGCCAGCACAAAAAUGUUAGACAGGUGGAGUAUAAUGUCAUAUGAAUUGAAAUUACCAGCAAAGCCUUCUAUUCUUCCAGUGACUGCAGAAGAGUCAGAGGAAUGCCAGAUAUCUGCUUAUGAGGACUCAGUUGCUGCUCAUCUUGCAAAAAUUCUCAAUUCAGAUCAGCACUCAGUUGUCAUAUCAUCUGCCAAAAUAUUAUGUGAAACUGUAAAGGAUUUUGUUGCCAAAAUAGGGAAGACUUAUGAAAAACCAGUGGAAAAUGCAGAGGAAGCUGAUGCUAUGGCCAUUAAAUGCUCAGAGUUAAAUGAGAAGCUAGACUUACUGCUCCAGGCUCUUCAUACAGAAGCCCAGGCUGCUCCCAUUCUCCCAGAUAUCACUCCCCCCAUUGUGGAGGAAGAAGGAGAGGAGUUUUCAAGUGAAGAAUCCUUGUCUGAAAGUAAAGAGCUAUUACCAGAGUGUGUCUCAAAGUCUUCCACCCAGAAACUCUUCAAACCAAGGGAACAGUUAAUGCUCCGGGCAAACAGCUUGAAGAAGGCUGUGAGGCAGAUCAUUGAGCAAGCAGAAAAAGUUGUGGAUGAGCAGAAUGCUCAUAGUGAAGAACAAGUGAACCAGUCCCCCCUAGAAUAUAGCAAAGAAUUGGAUGACUCCAAAGAAGAGGAAAAAGAGGAAGAUACAAAGGAACUUGAGUCCCCAUCAAUGAAAACAGCACCAAGAUCUCCGGAUCGACCCACAAGCCGAGGUGUCCAUUCUCAGGCAGGUUCAUCAUCAGCUCCAGCUUUGGCUGCAAGCAAGGAAAACCUCCCAGUGCUUAACACUAGGAUCAUCUGCCCAGGUUUGAGGGCUGGUCUAGCUGCUUCUAUUGCAGGAAGUUCAAUUAUUAGCAAAAUGUUGCUGGCAAACAUUGAUCCAUUUGGUGCUACGCCGUUUAUUGAUCCGGAUCCAGAUUCACUGGAGGGAUAUUCAGAAAAAUGUGUCAUGAACAACUACUUUGGAAUUGGGUUAGAUGCAAAAAUUUCACUAGAAUUUAAUAACAAGCGAGAAGAGCACCCUGAAAAGUGCAGAAGUCGGACCAAAAACAUGAUGUGGUAUGGAGUUCUUGGCACAAAAGAGUUACUGCAGAGAACGUACAAGAACUUAGAACAAAAAGUUCAACUUGAGUGUGACGGACAGUACAUCCCCCUUCCAAGUCUGCAGGGCAUAGCUGUGCUAAACAUUCCCAGCUAUGCUGGUGGGACUAAUUUCUGGGGUGGAACCAAAGAAGAUGAUAUAUUUGGAGCUCCAUCAUUCGAUGACAAAAUCUUGGAAGUCGUGGCAGUGUUUGGCAGCAUGCAGAUGGCAGUUUCCAGAGUCAUCAAACUGCAGCACCACAGGAUAGCUCAGUGUCGGUCAGUAAAGAUCACCAUACUUGGUGAUGAAGGGGUUCCAGUGCAAGUGGAUGGAGAGGCAUGGAUCCAGCCCCCAGGAGUGAUUAAGAUCAUACAUAAAAACAGAGCUCAGAUGCUAACACGAGACAGAGCCUUUGAAAACACCCUGAAGUCUUGGGAAGACAAACAGAAGUAUGACUCCUGUAAACCUGUGAUUCGAUCUCCCUUGUGCCCUCAGCAGGCUGUUGAGUUGGCUACAGAGGAAGAAGUUGGACAGAUCCAGUUGUGCUCACAAGCUGCAGAAGAGCUUAUUACCAGGAUCUGUGAAGCAGCAAAAAUACAUGGCCUCCUGGAGCAGGAGCUUGCUCAUGCUGUUAAUGCAUGUUCACAUGCAUUAAAUAAAGCCAACCCGAGAUUUCCUGAGAGCCUUACCAGAAACACAGCCAUGGAGAUAGCUGUCAAUGUGAAGGCCCUACAUAAUGAAACUGAAUCUCUGCUAUUAGGAAGAGUUCCUUUGCAGUUAGAAGCUCCCCAUGAAGAACUGGUGUCUGAUGCUUUGCACAGCGUGGAAAUAGAGUUGAGAAAACUUGCUGAGGUGCCUUGGCUUUAUUACGUUUUUCAGCCAAAUGAUGACGAGGAUCCCUCUCUGGAUUAUGCUAAAAGAAACAACAGAAGCACAGUGUUUCGCAUAGUGCCAAAGUUUAAAAAAGAAAAAGUUCAGAAGCAUAAGACCAGCCCUCAGCCUGUUCAAAAAUGGGGCACAGAUGAAGUUGCUGCUUGGCUGGAUCUGCUCAGUUUGGGAGAGUACAAAGAAAUCUUCAUCAGCCAUGACAUCCGAGGCUCUGAGCUUUUACAUCUGGAAAGGCGAGAUCUUAAGGACCUGGGGAUAACGAAAGUGGGUCAUAUGAAGCGAAUUCUCCAGGGAAUUAAAGAGCUCAGCAAGAACAACCCUUUGUCUGAAGUGUAA